CGGUGCCUGCCUUCCCCUUUGUGCCGGGCGCACCCCGGAACUCCGAACUGGGAGCGACUGGGAUCUGCUGGUGCCGGGAGUAGGGCCGGGAGGCGGCUGCAGGCGGUGCCGGGUCACCCGAGCAUGGCCACGCAGAUGUUUGAGGGGAGAGGGCACGCAGCUGUCUACCAGAAAUACAGGUUUGCACCAGGCAAAGAGCUGCAGCAAACCAUCCUCACCUACCUGCAGGAAAAGAGGGCAAACCUUGCUGAGCUGGUGGUGGAUGUCGGCUGUGGGUCUGGACAAGGCACCCGCUUCCUUGCCGAGCACUUCAAGAAGGUGGUGGGAACGGACAUCAGUGAAGCACAGAUCCAGGAGGCCAGGGAGGCCCCCUCCCUGCCCAAUGUCUCCUACCUUGUAUGCCCUGCAGAGGAGCUGCCGUUCGAGGAUGCCUCAGUGGACGUCCUUACUUCAUUUACAGCUGCGCACUGGUUUGAUAUCGAGAAGUUCAUGAGAGAAGUGAACCGGGUGGUUAAGCCAGGUGGUUGCGUGGUCAUCAGCACCUACACCGUGGACAUGAGUCUGCGCUAUGGAAACUGCUCUGAAAAGCUGACCAAAAUCUUCAGGGAGUCCUGGGACCUGCUUUUAAAAUACUCUCAUAAUAGAAUAAAACUAGUCUUGGAAGACUACAAAGACAUCUUUGAGGCCUUGCCGUUUCCAGACAAGAAGAGAAUCACUGAUAUCUUUGACAAAAUUCCCAUGACAGUUGCUGGUGUGGUUGGUUACUUGGAGUCUGCCUCUCCGUAUCAAGCCUUUAUGAAGAAUGACCCCAAAGCUGCAAAAUCCCUCCUCCAGGAGACUGAAAAGAGUUAACAGCCUUUCCCUCCCUGGCAUCGGCAGGACACUCGGCACGUUCUCCAGGAUGAUGCAGCGGGUGACUGGCCGUGAUGUAACAUCAGGGAUUGCAUCACCAACAUGCUUGGGCACGGUGUCUGCAGCACAAGGCACGCGGAGCGGCGCAAACCAGCCUGACGUCACGGUGGCUGUGCAGCUUGCAUGUGCAGAGAGGCGUUGGAGGGUUCUGGGGUGUGUAGCGAGGCCAGCAACGCUUUGGUGGCACUGACACCCUGGGCUGGUGGGGACAGGUCCAGUGAUGGCUGCUGAGCGGAGGCCACCUGGUGUUCCCUGCCUUGGCACCAGUGGGCCAUGGGCAGGGCUCCUGCACAUCACCCAGGAUUUUUAAUUUUAAAGCUGCCUUUUUUGGGGCACUUUUUUGGUUCUUUUGAUCUUCUUUUCCAAGACCAGUGACUUUAGCAGGAGCUGGUUCCUCCCAGAUGAGCCCACCAGCUCCAAAAGGGGCUGGGAACAAGUGAUCUGAGCUCAUCCUUACUCACUCGAGUGGCAUGGCUUGUGGCCAAGACUCUUCCAUGCUUGCACCAUGUGGCGGCCGAUGAGUCACAGAGUGAUUGCCUGGCCCUG